GUAAAAGCAAUGGAUAAGAGAUAUUUGAGGUGGAUCGUCUACUUGCUUCUUUUCGCCACGGCUAUGGCAUUGGAAGAGGAGACCAACCGAGGAUUAUUAAAUAUCACCAGCAAUCCCGCGGAGACUGAAACGGUUCCAAAUUUACCCAGCGAAGUUCAAAAAGCCGUCUGCACUGUGACUGCGGGGGAGGUAAAAGCAUCUGCAGAGGCUGUCACCACAAAAACACUGAAAGGAGUCUGUGGAUCAGAUGAAAUGAAUAUGGCCUUUCGGAAUCUGGAGAACAAGCUAUACGAAGAGCUCCGCGUAAUGAAACUGAUUUUGGUGCACUUAGCAAAGGCCAAUGGUCUGAAGGUCAAUACUGCUAUGCCAACACCUCUGCCCACUCCACUUCCACCUGUGAAACCAAUGAAUCCCGCUCCACUGCCUCCCUUCAAGGCAAUAGAUCCAACUAAUUUCAAAAAGGAGGAAAACGAAGUUGUCCCUGACUUUGGAGCCAAGAGGACGCCUACCUUGAAAAAUCUGGAGUCAAAUGGUAACUCAAAUCUGGGAGCACGAGAAACCGAAGUCGAUAAGUUCAAUAACACCGUGCUAGCCGAUAGGGAUGUAAAGUUAUUCACUUACUAUUGGAAGUUGGAAAACGUUACAGAACUCAUAGAAGCUCCCAAUUUGGUCACAGUCAGUAGUCCAAUAUUCAGCUUCAAAGGCAAAUCAUUGCAACUGAAAUGCACCUUCCAUCACAUGAAUCGCGAGCUGUUGAACCUGCAACUAGGAUAUGGCAUAUUCAACCCGCAAUCAAAACCAGGCCAAAGCAACAACGUCUUGAUAGAAAUGGGCGGAAUCUUCCAGAAUACCAAGUGGACCGAAGAUUUGCAGGUGAAGCAUAAAAUUUCCAUACUGGAUCAGAGCGUCCGGAUGACGCAGGAUCUCAGUUCACCAGCGCUAAGCAAGCUUGACAUGGGCUUCUCCAUUCCGAACAGCGUCCUCCUGGGCAGCUCCUACAUCAAGCAGAACGCUCUUUUGAUUCAGAUUCUUUUAUAUUUGUGAAUGACAGAACAACGUUUGUAUACGAUUGGGCAAUUAAAACAAG